ACGCGUCGGUAGCGCACGAACCAUCACUGAAAACAUGGAAGUCAGCGUUUGCCUCGUCGCCGUCAUGAUCACCUUACCCCUGGUGGCCGGCAAUGAGUACCGGCUGUGUGGCACGGCACCGACUAGAGAAGACCAUUACGCGGAUGGUGCCACGUCGUCUUCGAAAGUGUCACCAGUGCACUGGCCCUGGAACGCUGCCAUCCACACAAUCGCCAAGUUCCGGCCCGAGCAGUACUGCGCAGGAGCGCUCAUCAGCGAUCAGCACGUGCUCACCGCAGCCCACUGCAUUGACAAACGGACAAGCGAUGGCAUACGAGUCCACCUGGGAUCAUGGCGACGCAGCACACUCGACAAGGGCGAAGUCGCAAUGUCCGUCAAGGAAAUGUGCAUUCACCAGAACUAUUCUGGCAGCGCCAACGAUAUUGCCAUCAUAACUCUUGCACAGCCGGUGAACUUCACAACUGCCAUUUCACCAGUCUGUCUCCCUUACCGAAAGGAAACUUUCCCAACAGACUCCGAGGCAUACACGGCGGGAUGGACCGCUAGACCGCGAAAGGGAUACCGUCGCAUGAGCAGAUCCCUCAAGGAGCUGAAGCUGACUCUUCUGAGCAAGAACUCCUGCUUGAAGCACUUUGAUAUCGUUCUUGCCGACGACGUGCUAUUACAAUCGGGGGGGGGGGCAACUCUUGCACAGCCGGUGAAUUUCACAACUGCCAUUUCACCAGUCUGUCUCCCUUACCGAAAGGAAACUUUCCCAACAGACUCCGAGGCAUACACGGCGGGAUGGACAGCUAGACCGCGAAAGGGAUACCGUCGCAUGAGGAGAUCCCUCAAGGAGCUGAAGCUGACUCUUCUGAGCAAGAACUCCUGCUUGAAGCACUUUGAUAUCGUUCUUGCCGACGACGUGCUGUGUGCGCCACAUGAUGGUGGCUCACUUUGCGAGGGAGACAGUGGAGCACCUAUUAUGCAAAACAUCGGGGGACACUGGUUCUUGCAGGGGGUUCUUUCAGGUGGUCCGCCUACCUGUGGAGACUCGACGCUGCCUAUGGUUUUCACCCGAGUUGCUAGCUUCAUGGAAAAUUUCAUCAAUCCUUACUUCAAAGCCAAAUCUCGAGAUGCAAAGAAAAAGUUUUGCACCCUUAAGUGAAGGACCGAGGGCGUCCGUGGUAGCCGGAGGGCAUGGAAACGCUACUCACAAGCACGGGAGAAGUGCCCGAAUCAGUGCCAUUUCACACUCCAUUAAUUAUGCCAUCAUUAUUUAUGCCGCGAAAUUCAUGCGCACCAUUUAAUGCUCAACUUCAUAACUCUCGUCACUUUUGUGAAUUGUGAAAAUCAUUCCCACUCUAGUCGAAAAACCCUUUGUUCUUUAUUUAUGCUCUAUUGAUUCAAUUUCAAAAUAUUUAUGCCUGCUCUUUUAUACAUACAAUACAAAGCACUUUGCUCUUGAGUUGAUUCUAAGAGGACACGGAUGUGAAGUCAUUAUUUGUUAUUUUAAAGUAGGGUCAUGCGCAAGAAAUAAAAAAAAUAAAUGCUUAGAACCUAAUCUUUGCGUAGAGUUUAGCACAGCUUCUCAUCACUGUACACGCGAUUAUUCCUCAGACGAUAUUUCUCAGACGAUAGUGCCCUUCAGCAAUAACAGAGAAUGCGCAAGUCAUGCUUUAAUAUGUGUAUAAAGAAGAUAAAAUGUUGUGCACAGCCGCAACUCUUGGCUUUUCAUACUGAUUUCGUAUAAUUUGUGAGAAUUUUUUUAACGCAUAGGCAAAUAAGGCCGUCGUAGAUCACAAACAAUGUUGCAUCAUUGUUCACCACGUCCUUUAGUAUAUAUUUGUAGCAGCUUAGCGACGUCAAUAAAACAACAAAAGAAGUGGUAUAUUCAGUGGAAACUAAUAGCACAUGAGUGUGUGAUGCGAGCUUCAAUACAUGAAAAGCAUUGGUAUUCUUUCAUUCAGAGUUGCGACAAAGCACGCAUAAGA